AUGCGUCGUGAGCGCCGAUUAGAAGAUUUGACGAGCGGAUCCGUUGAGAUCAGUAUCGACGACUCGUUUACAAUGGGUGAUCAAAUUCGAAGCCGUGGCCGGAAGAAACGUUUGACGGGCGAAGAUGUGAUGGCGAUGGAACCCGAGAUGGAUUUUCACGAGGCCGGCCCACACUUUCCGAUGCUCUUCCGGGGGAAACUAAGCGAAGAGGAUGACGAGGAGCCACUGAUUGAGAGUGUCGAGGAUCCGAAUUUGGGAUGGUUCGCGCGAACGAAACAGACGCUGAAAGGCGACUUCUCGUCGAUCAUGCUACUGCUCUUCUUGUACUUGUUACAAGGAAUUCCCCUCGGUUUGAUAGCGGCGAUUCCGUUGAUAUUGUCGGAUCGAAAAGUCUCCUAUAGUGAUCAAGCGAUUUUCUCGUUUGCUUAUUGGCCUUUUAGUUUGAAGUUACUUUGGGCUCCAAUUGUUGAUUCGUGCUACUGGCGAAGGGUUGGCCGACGGAAAUCGUGGAUGGUCCCAUGCCAAUAUUUGAUCGGAAUUUUCAUGCUCGUUCUCUCGUUCUCCGUCGAUGAUAUCAUGGGAAAUAAGGAAAACCCACCACAAGUGAUCUUUUUGAUGUUGACGUUUUUGCCGUUGAACUUCUUGGCUGCCACACAGGAUAUCGCCGUUGAUGGAUGGGCGUUGACUAUGUUGAGCAGGAAAAAUGUCGGCUACGCUUCAACGUGUAAUGCUGUCGGUCAAACUGCCGGAUUUUUCAUUGGCAACGUCGUUUUCCUUGGACUCGAGUCAAAGCAAUUUGCGAACAUGUUCCGAACCGUUCCACAGGAGUACGGGUUCAUCGAUCUUUCAGGUAACAAUUGUUUGAACAAAUACUUAAACGAUGAUGAAAAA